ACCGGCAUCAUGGCGCGCAUGAAUGUUCUGGCCGAUGCCCUUAAGAGCAUCAACAAUGCAGAGAAACGUGGAAAACGUCAAGUUCUCAUUAGACCGUGCUCUAAAGUAAACGUGCGGUUUUUAACUGUGAUGAUGAAGCAUGGUUACAUUGGUGAAUUUGAGAUCAUUGACGAUCACAGAGCUGGGAAAAUUGUUGUUAAUCUCACAGGCAGACUGAACAAGUGUGGUGUGAUCAGUCCCAGAUUUAAUGUUCAGUUGAAGGACCUGGAAAAGUGGCAGAACAACCUUUUGCCUUCACGUCAGUUUGGGUACAUAGUGCUGACAACUUCCGCUGGCAUCAUGGACCAUGAGGAAGCAAGGCGAAAACACACAGGAGGCAAAAUCCUGGGAUUCUUUUUCUAAAACUUGUAAAACAGGCAUACUAAUAAAUUGUUCAAAUG